AUGGCUCGCUGGAGCUUCUUGCUUGUGAGCUGCCUCGCUCUGCUUGUCGGCAUUGUCAAUGCCGGCUCUGCUGUCGUCGAUUUGAUCCCCUCGAAUUUCGACAAGGUCGUUCUCAAAUCCGGAAAGCCGACUCUGGUCGAGUUCUUCGCUCCCUGGUGCGGCCACUGCAAGAAUCUCGCCCCCGUGUAUGAGGAGCUCGCCCAAGCCUUCGCCCACGCCUCGGACAAGGUGACGAUCGCCAAGCUGGAUGCGGAUGAGCACCGCUCGAUCGGCAAGAAGUACGGUGUGCAGGGAUUCCCGACGAUCAAGUUCUUCGACGGCAAGAGCGACACGCCGAUUGAAUACAGCGGCGGUCGGGAUCUGGAGAGCCUGUCGGCCUUUGUCACGGAGAAGACCGGUAUCCGGCCCAAGGGUGUGAAGAAGGAGCCCAGCAAUGUUCAGAUGCUGGACGAUUCUUCCUUCCCCAAGGUCGUUGGCGGCGACAAGCACGUGUUGGUUGCUUUCACGGCCCCUUGGUGUGGACACUGCAAGAGAUUGGCGCCUACUUGGGAGGACGUUGCCAAUGACUUUGUCCGGGACCCGGACGUCGUGAUCGCCAAGGUUGACUGUGAAGCGGAGAACUCCAAGGCUCUUGCCAAGGAGCAGGGCGUCACCGGCUACCCGACGAUCAAGUUCUUCCCCAAGGGUUCCAAGGACCCUGUUCCCUACGAAGGCGGACGCACUGAGAAGGAAUUCGUUGAGUUUGUGAACUCCAAGACUGGCACACACCGACUGCCCGGCGGUGGACUCGACGACAAGGCGGGCACGAUCCCGACCCUGGACUCGAUUGUGGCCAAGCACUUGCCGAACAAGAGCUUUUCCAAGCUCUCGGAUGAGAUAAAGAAGGCGGCCAAGAAUCUGCAGGACCAGUACGCCCAGUACUACAUCAAGGUCACCGAGAAACUGAACGACAACGCCGAGUAUGUCGAGAAGGAGUUUAACCGCCUCAAGAAGAUCCUGGAGAAGGGCGGUCUGGCCCCGGAGAAGGCGGACGACCUGGUCUCGCGCAGCAACAUUCUCCGCCAGUUCUUGGGUGAGAAGGCCGAGGAGGACAGCAAGGCCGAGGAGGGCAAGAAGGACGAACUGUAG